AUGUCGCAAACAGCUGCGGCCAACUUGGCCAAGAUCAUUGAUCCCACGGACAACAGAAGUCUGGCACUUCACAGUCAUCCCCCGAACGAUACCUGCGGCAAAAAAGAUGAGACACUUGUGAAGGACGAGGAAGACCUUACCUUAAUAGCGGAAAACAGUUUGGAUACACUGAUCGCCGAGCUCGAGGACGAAGAUGGAAAAGAGCCUGAUCCCGAAGUUCUCACGAUCGGCCCUGGCGCAGAUCGACCCGUCCCAGCCCUCCUGCUGGAAACCAACUUGACGACAGGUCUCACGGAUGUUGAAAUCAUUGCCUUGCGACGGAAGUAUGGCUGGAACCGUCUGAAUGAGCAGAAAAGAAGUAACAUCGUCAAGUUCUUCAAGCUCUUUGUCGGCUCCGUCCAGUUCGUCAUGGAAAUUGCCGCUCUGCUGGCCGCCGGCUUACAAGACUGGAUCGAUUUCGGUGUCAUCUGUGCCCUUCUCCUUCUCAACGCCAUCGUGGGAUUUGCUCAAGAAUACCAUGCUGGCAAUAUUGUCGACAGUCUCAAAGAAAAUCUUGCACUCAAGGCCACUGUCAUUCGUCAUGGAGAGAUGAUUGAGAUACCUUCUCAGGAAGUUGUCCCUGGAGAUGUGGUUCAUGUUGACGAUGGUACGAUCAUCCCGGCCGACGGGAUUAUUGUCUCCGACGGCACCCAUUUGCAAGUCGAUCAAUCCUCUAUCACCGGCGAGUCCCUGGCGGUGGACAAGCACCAAGGGGACCGCUGCUUUGCUUCAUCUACCAUCAAGCGCGGAAGCGGUCUUCUCAUAGUGACACAUACAGGGGAUCGAACCUUUGUCGGGGCUGCAGCAGAACUGGUCAACAAGGCUGACAAUGGGACUGGCCACUUUACCAAGGUCCUGGACCAAAUUGGUAGAGUUCUUCUCACGCUAGUUGUUCUCUGUCUACUGAUGGUUUGGAUUGCCUCCUUCUAUCGGUCUGAUUCUAUCGUCGAGAUCCUAGAAUACACCCUGGCUAUCACCGUCGUUGGAGUGCCUGUUGGCCUCCCUGCAGUCGUUACCACAACCAUGGCUGUAGGUGCAUCAUACCUGGCCAAGAGCUCUGCAAUUGUCCAGAAGCUUUCUGCAAUUGAAUCCCUGGCUGGAGUAGAAGUGCUCUGUUCCGACAAAACCGGCACUCUCACCCGCAACAAACUCGCGUUGGGUGAACCUUACACGACUGCAGGUGUUGAUCGAGAAGACCUCAUGCUCACAGCCUGUCUGGCCGCGACUCGCAAAAAGAAGGGGAUUGACGCUAUCGAUAGGGUGUUCAUCAAGGGCUUGAGAGGAUAUCCCCGUGCCAAGAGCCAAAUCCAAUCAUUCAGAACCAUCGAGUUCUAUCCUUUUGAUCCGGUUUCGAAAAAGGUCUCCGCUGUGGUAGAAUCAUGCGACGGCGACCGGAUUACCUGUGUGAAAGGGGCUCCUAUCCCGGUAUUGAACACCGUCAAAGAACACCAGCGCGUGCCCCAAGAUAUCGAGGAUGCAUACGUGGCGAAGGUCACCGAGUUUGCCAGCCGUGGUUUCCGUGCUCUCGGAGUCGCCCGAAAAGGCGCCGAUGGGAAAUGGCAAAUCAUGGGGAUUCGCUUGGGGCUUUGUAUCAAGAUGCUGACCGGAGAUGCGGUAGGCAUUGCGCGAGAGACAGCACGCCAACUCGGGCUGGGCACAAACAUCUACAAUGCAGAGAAACUCGGAGUCACCGGUGCUGGCGACAUGCCCGGUUCGGAAGUCAAUGACUUCGUGGAGGCUGCGGAUGGAUUUGCAGAGGUGUUUCCUCAACACAAGUACAGCGUCGUGGAGAUCCUCCAGAAGCGAGGCUACCUGGUGGCAAUGACCGGGGACGGUGUCAAUGAUGCCCCAUCGCUGAAGAAAGCCGACACGGGUAUCGCAGUCGAAGGUGCUUCAGAUGCUGCUCGCUCGGCUGCCGACAUUGUCUUCCUUGCACCUGGUCUGUCAGCCAUCAUCACUGCCAUCAAGGUCUCUCGCCAAAUCUUUCAUCGGAUGUAUGCCUAUGUAAUCUAUCGAAUCGCUUUGUCUUUGCACCUCGAGAUCUUUUUCGGACUGUGGAUUGCCAUCAUGAAUGAAGGCCUCGACCUGCGUCUUGUUGUCCUUCUGGCAAUCUUUGCGGAUAUUGCAACCCUGGCAAUUGCCUAUGACAACGCGCCAUACUCGGAACUACCUGUCAAAUGGAACCAGCCCAAACUGUGGGGCAUCGCUGUCAUCAUGGGAAUGAUUCUGGCAUCAGGUUCUUGGAUUGCAUUCGGUACCAUUCUGCUGCGAGGCGAGGAAGGGGGCAUGGUGCAGAACUUCGGGGCUCGUGACUCGGUCUUAUUUCUCGAAAUUGCUCUGACUCAGAACUGGUUGAUCUUCAUCACACGAGGAGUCAAGAGCCCUUUCUGGAAGCAUCUCCCAUCGUUGCAGCUGUUUCUGGCCGUUCUGGUCGUGGAUGUUGCAGCCACGCUGAUGGUCAUCUUCGGUGUUUUUGUUAACAGGAAUACCUCCAUCGUGACGAUUGUCCGUGUGUGGGGCUUCUCGCUGGGAGUGGAAGUUGUCUGCUUGGUUGUCUACAAUUUCCUGCAGGAUUCGCAAGCAUUCGAUAACAUCAUGCACGGUCGGAGCCCACGCGGAAAGGGCAAGGAGCGAUCCUGGGAGGACUUUAUGCUUUCUUUGCAGCGAGUAUCGAGCCAGCACGAGAAGACCAGCUGA